UUCAAUAUUUUUUCAGUUUAUAAUUUUGGCGUAUUUAGUAUUUACUAUUUAAUUUGUAAUUAUAAUUUCGUUCGAGUUACAUAAAAAUGGUCACUACUUGUUCAGUUAAAGGCUGUAAAUCCAAAGCGGGUCAAGGUAUAAAGUUUCACAGACUUCCUAAAGGCGAAAUUCGAGAAGCAUGGAUUACAUUCCUUAAAAAAUACAAUCCUCGGUUCAUGCCAACAACUCGUAGCACCAGUGUUUGUGGGCUUCAUUUUUUAACUGAUUUGGAUUAUGAAAUUACACCUUCCAGUAUUUAUCAAACUAAACGUUUGAAAAAAAAUGCUAUACCUAGUAUUAUGCACCAAAAUAUAGAUAGAUCAUUAUUAAAUAAGUCAAAUCAGGAAUUGAACUGUGUUCCUGAUCUUGAUACAGAAGAAGAAGUUGUUACUUUAUCGUUGUCAGAUUUAAAUGGCCUACGGGAUGUACCACCCGCUAUACCUAUCGAUUUUUGUACAGAAAAUUUUGUAUGCCAAAAACCUGCUAUUCAAAAUGCAAAUACAGUUUCACUUGCAUCCAUUAUACAAAAAAAAAAUAAAAUUCAAAAUGCAACUACAGUUUCACCAGCACCCGUUAUACAAAAUAUAAAUAAAAUUCCAACUAUGCUUUUUACUGUUCAAAAUGCAAGUACUGUUUCACCUUCGACUGCUAUACAAUAUAGAAAUGAAAUUCCAAGUGUGCUUGUACAAAGCACAGUUAAAGACAAAUUUUUGAGGCCAGAUAAUAAAAGAAAGUGUUUUAUGGGCGAUUUCAAACAACUGAGUGAUAUAGAUAGCCCGAACAACAGGUUAAAAUAUUGGAUUGCUUCUCAGUCAACUGUGACUAAACAGAAAAAAAAAAUUAAGUUUUUACUUAAGCAAACAGUGGACUUGAAAAAAAAAAUAAAGAGUUUAGAUAAUUUAGUAGAUCAACUAAAAAAUGAAAAAAAAAAGGAAUUGAACAAUUGCAUUACAGUUCUUAAGCAACAAAGUCAACAUGAAUAUUAUAUGUCUAUGUGUAAACCGAUUUGAAGGAUCAGUUUAUUUAAAGCACAAGGCGUAAGGAAAUUCAAAUCUGUUAUAUGGCAAUAUUAUACAAAAAUUGCCCUUAACAUAUAAAAAAUCAUCAACAAUAUGAUGUAGUACAACAGCGAGCAGGCAGUGGGCAAGUACAAAAAAAUGUAUUACAUUAUGAUAAUCAACAAAACAACUUAACUAUUAUAAUAUUUCUUAAAAAUCAAUAAAAAUGUCACAGAGACAUUACAUACUCUGACUAUAAUAUCAUAUUCUAUCGAUCAACCUUUGUGAAGGUUUCAGUUGAUGGGAGGGACUAGUGUGGUUGUUCAGUGUUUCUAUUUCCUAUUUUUCUUCAUAGAAGUUAACAGGAAUAUUUUGGUACCUAAUUGACCAAAUGGUUGGCAGCUGCAUUUGAUAAAAUUUAUGGAAAAUACAUGAAAUGUAGAUCAGCUAAACAUCAAAUUAUAUUCAAAUACCAGAAUAACUAAUGCAGCAUUGUAACAAUAAAAGGGUUAUUAUACAAGACGAAUAUGAAAAUUUAUAAAACAUGAUAAAGAUGAUCUUUUUUUCUUGUCUUUAAAAUGUAUUGAAAUAAUUAAAUUUCUGACAUAUCGAGUAUAGACCAUAUUCUCUCAA